AUGUCUGACGCUUCUGAACUUUCUAGCAAAUACGUCCUCCAGACCGUUGGUUUCGACGCUCGUUUCCCUAACACCAACCAGACCAGGAACUGCUUCCAGAACUACACCGAUUACUUCAAGUGCAUCGCGGCCAAGGGUGACGAUUUUGCGCCAUGCAAGCAGUUCAAAAAGGCGUACAACUCGCUCUGCCCCAAUGAAUGGAUCUCCAAGUUCGAUGAACAACGCGAGAACGGCACAUUCCCCGCUUCUCUGGAGCCCUGA